GCCCCGGCUGGGCGCCACGCUACGGAGAAGGCGUAAGGCGUACCGGGUGGGCCGGGCGGGACGGCGGGCGCUACGGAGGCGGCGUAAGGUUGCCGGGCCGAGACUAGAGCUUCGGGUCCGAAACGCGCUAAGCCGGCGGAGCAUCGCGGCUGGCGUAAAGGGGGCCUUAGUGCCCUCCGGUUGAAGUUGUGGGUCAACCGUUUGAGGGCCGGCACCAGGGCCGCGCCCGCCUAGCCCGACCGCGAGCGCUGAGAAGGCGCCGCCGGCUCGCUAAGGUCCCUGAGUGCAGUUGUCAGAACCCAGAAGGAAGGCAUGUAGAACCUUGUAUACAGCUGUCUACCAUACGUGUGGAGUUAACAACCACCAGGUCUACAGAAGGUGCUGGGCAAAAGGCCUGCAGAAGGAAGCCGGCUGCCCUUCCUCCGGUGUGGGCAUUCUCCUCUCUCCAUGCUUCCGUUCGUGUGCCACCGGCCAGAGGUGACCAGGCCCGGCUCUCUACGUGGCCACUGUCAGGGGGGCCAUGGGGAGCUCCGCCUCCUCCUUGGCUGCCGAGACGGAGUCAGACCACGGCUUCCCUGGGGGGCCACCCUACCCAGGGCCCCCGGCAGCAGCUGGCUGGUGUAGGAGUGGACCUGGGGAGACUGUCUGGGGAAGUGCUCUGGUCACCAGACAGCACCCACGUCCCCGGGCCCGAAGCCACACACAUUCUCCUGGGUCUAUGGCCACAGUUGGGGAGUGGUCCUGUGCGCGCUGCACCUUCCUGAACCCUGCCGGCCAACGCCAGUGCUCCAUCUGUGAGGCCCCCAGGCACAAGCCAGAUCUUGACCAGAUCCUGCGGCUCAGCGUGGAGGAGCAGAAAUGGCCCUGUGCACGUUGUACAUUCCGGAACUUUUUAGGCAAAGAGGCUUGCGAAGUGUGUGGCUUUACCCCAGAGCCUGUUCCUGGAGCCCCUCUGCUGCCCAUUAUCAAUGGGGUCCUGCCCAAGCCACCCACCAUACUGGUGGAACCAAAGGGCAACUGCAAGGAGGAAGCAGGCCCUGUGCGGACAGCAGGGCUAGUAGCCAUGGAGCCAGCCAGAGGGCACUCUGAGGAAGAAGAAGAAAAGAAGCAGGAGGACGAAGGGGAAGGGGCAGAGCCUGGCAGUGGCUGGGCAUGCCAGCGCUGUACACUGCAUAACACACCAGUGGCCAGCUCUUGUUCUGCCUGUGGGGGACCCCGGAAACUGUCAUUACCUCGCAUCCCCCCAGAGGCCCUGGUGGUUCCUGAGGUUGUGGCCCCUACUGGCUUCCAUGUUGUUCCUGCUCCAUCCCAGCCUAUCCUCCCUGGGGAAAGUGCUGAUGCUGCUUCUCCUUCCACCAGCCAGGGUCCCAUCUCCACUGACCAGGAGCCCCCCAGGGUACCACCCUUCAGCCCCUUCUCACCCACCCUACAGAACAACCCUGUGCCCAGAAGCCGCCGGGAGGUUCCCCCUCAGCUUCAGCCACCUGUGCCUGAGGCUGCUCAGUCCUCGACCUCCACAAGCUCCAAAGGGCCCCCACAGGGCCCUGGACGAGCUGCAGCUGGGGCCUCCCGCCUAGCUGAGCUGCUGUCAGGCAAGGAGUUGCUACCAGGCAAGCGACUGAGUGUAUUGGAGGAGGAGGCCCCAGAGAGCAGCCCUGCCCGCUGUGAGUCGUGCAGUGAUGUCAUUGACCUGGCUGGAGACACUGUGCGCUACACACCUGCCAGCCCCUCCAGCCCUGACUUCACCACCUGGUCAUGUGCCAGGUGCACGCUUAGGAACCCCACAACAGCCCCCAGGUGUUCAGCAUGUGGCGGCUCCAAGCUGCAUGGUUUCCAGGAGCACAGUGAGCCCCCUACCCACUGCCCCGACUGUGGUGCCGACAAGCCUGGCCCCUGUGUCGGCUGCUGUGGACGAGCUCCCUCAGCACACAAGGCUGCCCGCCUCUUGCCUGAUCGCCUGGGCCAAUGGGCCUGCCCUGCCUGCACCCUGAUCAACACGCCUCGGGCCAAGCACUGUGCAGCCUGCCAUACACCACAGCUUCUAGUGACCCAGUGCCGGGGGGCUACACCCCUGAGGCGCAGGGAGAGCAUGCAUGUGGAGAAGCGGAGGCAGACAGACGAGGGCGAGGCCAAGGCACUCUGGGAGAACAUAGUGGCUUUCUGCAGAGAGAACAGUGUGAACUUUGUGGAUGACAGCUUCCCCCCCGGGCCUGCAUCUGUCGGCUUCCCAGUGGGCGACAGCGUCCAGCAGCGAGUGAAGCAGUGGCUGCGGCCCCACGAAAUCAACUGCUCUGUCUUCAGGGACCACAGCACUCCGUGGUCAGUCUUCCACACCCUGAGGCCCUCUGACAUCCUACAGGGCCUGCUGGGGAACUGCUGGUUCCUGAGUGCGUUGGCAGUCCUGGCUGAACGUCCUGACCUCGUGGAGCGGGUAAUGGUUACACGUAGCCUAUGUGCAGAGGGUGCCUACCAGGUGCGGCUGUGCAAGGAUGGCACAUGGACCACAGUGCUUGUGGACGACAUGCUGCCCUGCGACGAGGCUGGCUUUCUGCUCUUCUCACAGGCACAACGAAAGCAGCUGUGGGUGGCCCUCAUUGAGAAGGCGCUGGCCAAGCUGCACGGCUCCUACUUUGCGCUCCAGGCAGGGCGUGCCAUUGAAGGCCUGGCCACACUCACCGGUGCCCCCUGUGAGAGCCUGGCGCUGCAGGUCAGCUCCACUAACCCCCGAGAAGAACCUGUUGAUACUGACCUCAUCUGGGCCAAAAUGCUGAGUUCUAAGGAGGCUGGGUUUCUCAUGGGUGCCUCCUGUGGGGGAGGUAACAUGAAGGUAGAUGAUGCUGCUUACGAGAGCCUGGGUCUGCGCCCCCGCCAUGCUUACUCCAUCUUGGAUGUUCGUGAUGUUCAGGGCUCCAGGCUCCUGCGACUCCGGAACCCUUGGGGCCGUUUCUCCUGGAAUGGCAGCUGGUCGGAUGAGUGGCCACACUGGCCAGGGCACCUGCGAGCUGAGCUCAUGCCACAUGGCAGCAGCGAGGGUGUUUUCUGGAUGGAGUAUAGUGACUUUAUCAGGUACUUUGACUCUGUGGACAUCUGCAAGGUACACUCAGAUUGGCAGGAGGCACGAGUUCAGGGAUGUUUCCCAAGCACUGCCAGUGGACCAGUGGGUGUGACCGCGCUGACAGUGCUGGAGCGUGCCUCCCUGGAGUUUGCCCUUUUCCAGGAGGGCAGCAGGCGCUCGGAUUCAGUGGACAGCCACCUCCUGGAUCUGUGCAUCCUGGUGUUCCGGGCCACUUUUGGCACCGGUGGCCGCCUGAGCCUGGGCCGCCUCUUGGCCCACAGCAAACGUGCUGUUAAGAAGUUUGUGAACUGUGAUGUCAUGCUGGAACCUGGCGAGUAUGCUGUGGUGUGCUGUGCCUUCAACCACUGGAACCCUGCUCCACCAGGGCCCCCUGCCCAGGGUAAGGGCCCCAGCCAGAUGAGGCCCAUACCCACCUUCCCACCCUCUGAGCCCCAAAGCCCACCCACGGGAAAGCUGCUGGCUCCGUUAUCCACACCCCUCACAGCCUCCAGCCCCUCAACAGGGGUCCCCCGAGGUGCCCCCGAGCCACCCGGCCACGUACUCGCAGUGUACAGCUCCAGGCUGGUCAUGGUGGAGCCGGUGGAGGCGCAGCCAACCACACUGGCCGAUGCCAUCAUCCUGCUCACUGAGAGCCGGGGCGAGCGGCAUGAGGGCCGAGAGGGCAUGACCUGCUACUAUCUGACUCAUGGCUGGGCGGGGCUCAUCGUGGUAGUGGAGAACCGGCACCCCAAGUCCUACCUGCAUGUGCAGUGUGAUUGCACCGACAGCUUCAAUGUGGUAUCCACACGUGGCAGCCUGCGCACCCAGGACAGUGUACCACCCCUGCACAGGCAGGUCCUGGUGAUCUUAUCCCAGCUGGAAGGCAAUGCUGGAUUCUCUAUCACCCACCGCCUGGCACAUCGCAAGGCAGCUCAGGCCUUCCUCAGCGACUGGACGGCCUCUAGGGGUACCCACAGCCCCCCACUCACACCUGAUGUGGCUGGUCUCCAUGGACCCCGGCCACUAUGACUACAGUUCCCUAGGGCAGGGCCUACGUGCAGAUCCACCCACCUGCCCUUCCCUACGUGCACUUUAUGAGGGAGACCCCCAAUGGAGGAUGCUUGAACCAGAAUCUCAGGACCCUGCCCAGGGAGCCGCCGGCUACAGGGUGCAGCCUCCCCUGGGCCUCCCUCCUCUCCUCCCACACUCCAAAUACCCUCAGUCCCCCACCAGGCCUCCCAGCUGCCAUGCUGAAUACCUCGAGCCGGGUGGGCUUCAUUCCAGUACUUCUAUCCUGAGCCCUGGGGACAGCUUCAGGUAGCCAAGGCCCUGUGAAUAUGCGGUCACUUGCUAUAGAGAGGCAGUCUAGAUAUAUGUUCAGAGAACCAGAUCUGGGGGUUCAGAGGCCAUGAUCCUGCCUUGAGAGCCUGGGCAACCCUUUGUGGAGGCUCCGAUCUGCUGCUUCCCCCCCUUGGUUUGUUCCCAAGCCCAGCUCCCUGCCUAGUGAGCAGGGUCCUGAUAGCCUUGGCACAUGAGUGGCGCAUUGCAGGAAGCAGAUGCCUGGUGGCCAUCAGCCAGGGCUUGGGGACAGCUGCCCCUCCUGCAACACUAUGCAAUUCCUGGAGCACCUUCCAGGAUCGAAGCCAUGAUGGGGUGGCAGGUUGGGAGCCAGACCUUGCCCGGCUGUCUGGAGAAGCGCUUCGUCCUUAGCUUCUCUGGCCACAAUCAGCACUGUCCCUCGGCCUCAGUCUGUCCACAAAGAAGGACACUCCCCAACCCAGUCCCAUCACAGGCACAUGUAAGGUGUGACUACUUCCUCUCCUAGAUGAGGGAGCCAAGCUGCCCACCUGCCCAGCAUUUCCCUAGCUGCUUGUCAGAGCCCUUAUCUGUCACAUGGACGCCUGAGUCAUUUCCUGGGCCCCCCCCCCACCUGGCCGCCACUGUCCUGCAGCCCCAUAGGCAGUGGGCAGCUUGCACACCCACUGUCCUUGCCUCCAUGGGGCUUGCGAGGGUUUUUAUACCUAGAGAAACAUUCCCUUCCCCUCUGGGCCUCCUUUUACUCUGAGCUGUGAAUAUUUUUAACCCUGUAAAUAGGACCAGCUCUUCGAACACAGAGACUAUUUUAUCAGCUAUCAGUCCCUUCCUUGUUCGAUGACUCCAUAGGCCAUUUCCACUCAGGCUCCAAGGACCAAAUAAAAGCGUUUUGUUUUGUAA